AAUGACCGUGGGUGAGAGAUUGUUCAGAAUGCAUGUAUGCUGGACGCUGACCACUCGAGGGAGAUGGAGAUCUGAAAGAAGAAGCCGCUCAGCACGAAACGCGGCGCAGGCGCACACAUACACACGAGUUGUCGCGCCGCAUGCCCAACAAGCCCUGGUCUGUGUCUGCGCAUGCAUCGUGUUUGGAGCACAGCUCAACACACGCGCUCCUCUCCUCCACUUCUGCUCCAUCAUUUCACGCGUCGCGCCCGCAAUCGGGAAUGAUUCACCGCGCGCGCUCACACGACCUCUGUCGCCGCUUGAAUUCGAAAAGUCUUGACUGUGCUGCCCAGGUCACGAGUACUCACGUGACUACGUAAGUGAACCUUGUUGCCCUUUCGGCGCUUCGGAAGCUCAAACACCGCCCUUGCUGGAGCCCACCGAAUCUCUCGAAUACU